UUACUACUCCAUUAAGGAUAUAUCAGUAGGGGGGAUGUGUAUCUGUUAUGGACAUGCUAAAGCCUGUCCUCUCAACAUAAUCACCAAGAAACUCCACUGUGAUUGUGAGGACAAUACCUGUGGAGAGAGCUGUGACCGCUGUUGCCCUGGUUACAACCAGAAGCCCUGGAUGGCUGGGACCUUCCUGACACGCCACAUCUGUGAGAAGUGUAACUGUCAUGGCAAGUCCGAGGAGUGCUACUACAACCAGACAGUGGCUGAUGGGAAACUGAGUCUGAACAUCAAUGGCGUGUACGAAGGGGGCAGAGUCUGUGUCGCCUGCUCUGACAACACGGCCGGAAUAAACUGCCAGUCGUGCGCUGCUGGUUAUUACCGACCGAGAGAGGUGAGACCGGAGCACCCUCGUCCCUGCACACACUGUGACUGUGACCUCAGAGGGUCUGUCUCCUCUGUCUGCGUACCGGACGAGAGUCAUGGCAGGGCAGGUCUGUCUGCAGGUUGGUGUCACUGUAAGCAGGGCUACACUGGGCAAAGAUGUGACACCUGUGCAUUUGGCUACGCUGGGUUCCCUGAGUGUCGUCCCUGUGAAUGCAGCACUGCUGGCAGCACUAACCUGGACCCUUGCCAGCUGCCAUGUGUGUUGUCCUGA